UAAACCGGUUCGGUGUCGGUGUGUGAACCAUGUAAACGUCCCGCCGGUUCUUCUGGGAUCAGCAGCAGCAGCGGCUCUGUGCGUCCGUUUUGCGUUGCGGCUCCGCCCGGUGUGCGGUGCGGUGCGGUGCGGUGCGGUGCCUCCCACAUCUCACACUUUUUUUUUUUACCGGAUUGUCGGACAGCGGCGGGAGAGGACCGGUGCGAGCCCGACGCAGGACAAAGAGAACCGGGGGGAAAUCCCGGGAAAAGCACCGGAGUGGAAUAGGAGAGGAGUGGAAAUGGAGAGCCGCCUGCUGUCGCUCACCUUUGCUCUUUUCCUUCUCGGAGGCUGCUCGGCCCGCGUGGUGACGGUGUCUCCUGGGCCGCUAAUCCGGGUCGAGGGUCAGCCGGUCUCCAUCAGAUGUGACGUCAAUGAGUACGGGGGCCCUCGAGAGCAGGACUUCGAGUGGGAGAUGUCGAGGGACGCCAACGGGGCCAAGAUAAAGAUCAUCUCCACCUUCGACACCAGCUACUCCCACCAGUCGGUCAGCAAGCGCGUGGCGUCCGGCGACAUCUCGGUGGUCCGGCUCAAGGACAACGAGGCGGAGCUGAAAAUCGCCGAGGUGAAGGCGCUGGACGCCGGCUUCUACUGGUGCCAGACGCCGAGCACCGACUCGGUCAUCAGCGGCAACUACGAGGCUCAAGUCCAGCUCACCGUCAUCCCCAACACCCUGAAGGUUUCCCCCCAGACGCCGCCGCCCAGCGUCCCGGAGGGCAGCGACCUCACCCUCACCUGCAACGUCACCCGGGAGCUCACCUACCCCACCUACCUGUCCGUCACCUGGCUGGUGAAGAAGGGGACGGCCUCUGAGGAGAUCCUGACGUUCGGGCCUCAGGGCGACGUGGCGACGGGCGCCAAGUUCGCUCGCCGCUACGCCGACGGAGGCAUCCGGUUGGUCCCCGGCAAGAACGGAGCGUUCGAGCUGGUGAUCUCCAGGGUGACGACGUCCGAUGAAGGGAUUUACGAAUGCAACGGGACGGAGUGGGCGCACGAGACCGGAGGGAAGUGGAUAAAAAUCGUGGAGAGUACGAAAGAGAUGGGAACGGUUGCUGUUACGCCGACAGGUCGAUCCCUCAGCGUUAAGGCCUCCUCGUCCUCGUCCUCGUCCUCGUCCUCGUCCUCGUCCUCGUCGCUGCUCUCCCCCGGCGACACGCUGACGCUGCUCUGCUCCGUCGCCGCCGACAACCUGGCCGCCGUCACCCCGGAGGUCACCUGGCUGGCGGACGGCCGCGAGAUCAUCACGAUGGAGCGCAGCGGCGUGGUGGCGUCCAACGGCAGCGGCACGCAGGGCCGGCGGGGCGAGGCCAGCCUGGAGCGGACCGGCGCCGGCGAGUACCGGCUGGCCGUGAGGGCGGUGAGCGGCGAGGACGGAGGCCUGUACGCCUGCCGCGUCCGGGCCUUCAUCGAGAAGGGGGGGCGGAGCUCCGGGGGCGGCGGCAGGUGGCACAUGGCGGCCGAGAAGACGUCCGGCCCGGUGACGGUGAAGGUGUCCGAGAUCAAGCCGAGCUUCACCCUGAACCUCAAAGCCUCCCAGAACCCCCAGAUGACGGCCGAGCCCACGGAGCUGGCCUGUCACGUGACCAACAUCACCCAGUUGCCUCCCGGAGGCCGACUGGGCAUCAGCUGGGAGCACACGCCGCUUCCUGGCAUCGGGGACGAUCCUCAGACCUCGCACACAAUCGCCUCCUUGGACGGCAACGGGAACCUGUCGCCGGGCUCGAUGUACGCCGAGAGGCUGAAGAGCGGCGUGUUGUCCCUGAGCAGAGUCCAGCCGAACACCUUCAAGCUGAGAUUCCUCCGCACACAGGAGAUCGACAUGGGCCAGUAUGUCUGCAACGUUUCUUCCUGGAGCGUUAACAGCCAGGGAGUCCUGCUGAGGACGGCGGUACACGAAAGCUCGCCGCUGACUGUUCGAUGGGACACCAAACGUCCGUCUCUGAACGUUGUGGCCAAACGCAUCCGCGAGGCCUCAGUGGGCGGAGCUACCUUUGAGAUGAGCUGCUCCGUCGCCACGGAGAACGUGGGGGACGCGGGCUACUCGGUGCUCAUCCAAUCACAGGACAGCUUGGACAGCAACGUGAGAACCAUCAUGACUCUGAGCCCCGACAACGUGAUGCAGCACGGAGGCGCCACGGACCCCAACAGAAGAGACAGUCUGGUUCUGACCAAGUCCGGCCCGGCGGAGUUCCGGUUUCGCCUGGCGGGCGUCCAGCUGUCUGACAGAGGUUUCUACUGGUGCGACAUCACGGCGUGGACCAAACAGCAGCCGGGACAGACCUGGACCAGAGCCACCAGCUCCGAGUCCAACAAGGUCAGGAUCGACUUCCAGGAGAACGGCCCGUCCUUCUCCAUCGCCAUCCAAUCGGACGCCAGCAGCGUGUAUCCGUGGGAAACGGCCAAGAUGGAGUGUUCGCUGAGCGUCUCCGGAUCCUCCCCUAAGACCGACGACCUGGCGUACGAGGUGAACUGGUUCUUCACUCGGCUUCGCGGCGGACAGACGACGACUCAGGUGGCCUCCGUCGACCGCUUCGGCGUCGUCAGGAAAGUGGACCGCAACUCCUCCAGCGACAUCUCGAUCGAGCGCAAAGACACGCACACCUACCUGCUGAACAUCUUCGGCACUCAGGACAGCGACAGCGGCGAGUAUCACUGCAUCGCGACCCCGUGGUACCUGUCGGCCUCGACGGGAGCCUGGACCGAAGCCGGAGAGCUGAUGUCGUCACGAAUCUUCCUCACCGUCAAGUUUGCAGUGUGGGAUUCCCUGAAGUUGCCUCUCUUGUACGGAGCAGCGGCCUCACUGGGUGUCGGCCUCUUCUCGCUGGUGUUCGGCCUCGUCUGCGCCCAGUGCUGCUGCCGCAACACGACGCACACCCCGCGCUCGCGCAACAAGCUGAUGGACCUGGAGAUGGACUGACAAACAGUCUCCCCGGCGCCGACGCACUGCAGCGCUCACCGGAAGCACCACACGCUCAACCGCCACGCGCCCGCCGACGACUUCUGGGACAGCCAGCUGUUUCCGGGCGACGGGCGCUGGGAGUGACGGCUUUACACGGUGCUCGGGGAGUCCUGCGGUGGAGGAGCGGGGGGACGUCUACGCUCGCCUUUCAGACUUGUUUCUAAAAAAAUCUGUGGUGGAUUUUAUGCAUUUGUUCCCCGAUUAAGCCUGCUGAGGCGUCACUGCCACCCGGGAAUAAAGGACCGCUGAGCAGAUGUGCCGCCUCUGCAGCCGCUGGGGACGACUGGCGAAGGCCGGACUGCUCUUUGUUUUUACUUUUCACGGCAAGGCUCGCCACUUGUGAGCGACGACACACCAGCGAACCUGCUCGACUGUCUUUGCUUUGUUGAGGAGAUGCGGCGCAGGAGCCUCGCGUCGACUGGACGUUGGGUUGGCGACGCCUUCGACGCUGGAACAUCUGCUCAGUGACUGACGGGGGCUCAGAUGUCCCGCCGCCCAAAACAGAAGUGCUCCGAGGUAUUGCACUACCACCCCAGAGUAUUCCUGCCCUAGCCAGAGGACGAUAUUUACCUUUAUUCUCAACUCUAGUUUUUUGAAAAUUGAGAGAUUUUAAACCGAGAGACCUUUUUAAGCUUUACGAGGAGAUAUGCAGUUAGUGUGUCUGUGUGUGAGAUAUCCUGUACAUGGUGCCAACAUCUGGACUGACGCCACAUCAACACUUGAACAGCCACGGCGGCGGCGGCGGCGGCGGCAAGCGCUCCUCCUCCCCCCCGAACAUUCAGAAAACGUAUCCAGCUGUUCUUUUUGCCCGAGUCUCGUGUGUGUUUUGGUGUGAGUGCUGUGCCACAAAGAGCUGCAUGUACUGUUUUCUGUCGCCGCGGUAUGAUGUCACCGUCGAGCAACGCCAGUCCGAUCCCAGGGUCACGUUUCCGUCAGAGCCCCCUCAGCAUCCACGUCUGAGAGCUUCGCUGUCACUUCACUGAUGUGCUAACCGGGUGAUGCAAGGAGCUUCACGGCGGCAAAGUUUAGAGGGAAACUGUGCAGCUUUGGGUUUUUUAAAGGAGCAGUUCAACAGUUUGGGAAGCUGAGCAGUGGAGCUGCAGCCUGACAAACGAUAAAUCAACACAGGAUUGGCAGCACAUUUAGUCAUUUAGUUGUUAUAGACUGAAAGAUUUUUGACAGGGAGCCGAACGUUAACACUCGAAGCCGACGGUUGAACAAGUUGAACCUCGUCGACUCCGUUCGAUCGUUUCAGGGCAAAAAUUGUGACUAAAAAUCUGCUCCGACGGGGAACGACGUCUGUUUGCUCAGCUGGUUGUAACACGACCGUGACGGCGCCGUUUGACUCCGCCUCCUCUGCUCUGCUGCAUGUGCUGCAGACAGCGUUUCCAAAUCACGCCCAGUAGUUUCUGUUCUGUUAAUAACACGUUCCUAUAGAGGCACAUCUGCGAUUGGCCAACGCUGACCGAUGCGAUGUGGAGCUUCUCCUCCUCCUGGAAGUAACACCAGCAAACGAGUGUUUAGUCGUUGUGAGAGCGUUUCAGCCAGAGAACAGCUCCGCUAACCGCCAAGACUAGCGGCGGGAGAACUGCUAGCCGAGCUCGUCUGCAGCUCUCAGCUUUAAGCCAUCAGUCCUUCCAGCAGCGCCAGUGUCUUACAGCAUCUCCUCCCAUUUCACAGCACAAACGAGGCUCUUUGACCUCGCUGGAAGGCUUCAUCUCAGGCUAGCAGUUCCCCUCCGUUUCCAGUCUUUGUGCUAAGCUAAGCUAAGCUAAGCUCCAUCCCGCGGCCAUCGCAGUCCUCACACUGUUCCUUUAUGCUGCUAGAACAAAUAACUUCCCAACAGCGAAUGCGUCCUUUCCCCUGAUCCUGAUGUUUUGUCUCUUUUUCAGAACGGUUGUAGAAAACUUGCACUUAAUAGAUAAAUCUGAAAAAAAAGAAUCUGUUGAGAGGAAGUCGGUCGACUCCGAUCAGCCGCUGGUGUGCUUUCAGAGCAGAUGAAUGAACUCGGGUCGGGUCGCUGUGUGAACGCACACUCGCAGCUCCGCGGUCCAAACCCAGCAGGGUGCACUCGGACCUGUCGUCGUGUCGGGUUUCCUCCCCGACGGGGCUUUUAAGUCGCUUUUAAAGGGAAUUUUACGAGCAAUAUCAGGCUGUCGCCGGGUCGCAGCUCCCAGGAAGCUGUGUCCACGUCACUCACCCUCAAUCAGAGCUGAAACACUCGGACCCGGACCCUCAUCGACCCGACCAGGUGAAGCACUGAGCCCGGCGCGGGUGUUUCGGCUGGAUUGACGGUGACUGUUAUUCCAGAAGCUUCCGGUCUUUCUCCUCAGACCCUCCACAGGUGUUUGUGCCUCUCUGUGAUCGCGGUGUUCGGGUUUGGUUCUGGAGCGCGCAGCUCCGGGCGAAGAGUCUCCAGCGACGACGACGACGUAGCACCGGCGCGCGUCGCUGCGAGGCUUUUCCCGCUCUCUUUUUAUUUCCUCAUUUGAUUGCAAUUAGUAUGAUGAAUCCUGAUGAUGUGUUUUUUAAAUAAAUAGAUUUGUAAGAUGUAUUCAUUUUAA